CCCGCUGCGCACUGGACUCGCCGAUGGGAAUUUACGAUCUAGUUGUUUUUUGUUUUUCGUACGAAAACUUUUUGAUCUACUUGAACUGCAGUACUGUAACGCUAUGUAUAAAAAAGAAUUUUUACCACCUUCUUGGUUUUUUUGGCCGAGGUGUCUAAGGCGCUACUAG